GACGUAAUGAACCAAAAGAAGUAUUAGCAAUGAACUGCGGAUUUCUCAUGUGAUAAAAUCCAAUCCUACCCUUGUUGUAGACCUUCGCUAUUGGGUGAUACGCAACCUUGAAUGAACUUGGAGUCGUUCAGGCUACUUACGCUACGUACUCACAGCCAGAUCCCAGUGCCCAAGGUCAACGACCAUGAGCGCCCCAUGGUCACCAACCGGCUCCAGCUGAAAACCUGCCUUCUCCGCACUAUCGACACGAAAUACACAGCCUUGGAUGAGGAAUAUGUUACCCGUCGCCCGCAUCAUUUCCACAGCCAAACGAACAUAUUCUUCAUGCUUAGAUUUGCCCCCCGAGAAGACGAGGAUAAUGUUGCCAUGCAUGACGCAGAACGUCUGUUUGACAGUGCGAUUUUGGCUGGUUAUAUGGCGAAGCGUUUCCGGCGAGCAGUCGCAGUGGAGACGGGUGAAAUAAUUUGCGGUCAGGACAUUAGUGUAGGCACUUCAAUCAGCGAGGUAGAACACAGACACGUUUAUGGGGAGUGCGCCGCGGGGUUUCCGGACUACGGAACCACAUGCUGAGCGUUGACCUUCGACGUGGAAGCUCGUUGUGUUGGGGCAGCUGAGCGCCAAUGUGGUUUUCCCGAGAGACGUUGCAGAUUCGUGUCCUUGGGUGUCAGUCGUGAUCCGCUGGGUAAGACUGGCCUCUUCGGAUGCGAUUGCGGAGGCCCAGUCAUUGGUAGUUGUUGAAGGUCUUGGGGAGAGAGUGGAUGAUGAAGCCGAGGAU